GUCGCCGCCGCGGUCUCCGCCGCCGCCACCUCCGCUGCCUGCUGCUGCGGUCCCCGCGGAACUUUGCGAGUAGAACGGCUGAGGCGGGCCCCGGGCGGGGCCGCGGUUCUGGCCACUCUGCAGAAUGGAGAUAAUCAGGAGCAAUUUUAAGAGUAACCUUCACAAAGUGUACGAGGCCAUAGAGGAGGCCGACUUCUUCGCCAUCGAUGGGGAGUUUUCAGGAAUCAGUGAUGGACCUUCAGUCACUGCACUAACAAAUGGUUUUGACACUCCAGAAGAAAGGUAUCAGAAGCUUAAAAAGCAUUCCAUGGACUUUUUGCUGUUUCAGUUUGGCCUUUGCACUUUUAAGUAUGACUACACAGAUUCAAAGUAUAUAACAAAGUCAUUUAACUUCUAUGUAUUCCCGAAACCUUUCAAUAGGUCCUCACCAGAUGUCAAGUUUGUUUGUCAGAGCUCAAGCAUUGACUUUCUAGCAAGCCAAGGAUUUGAUUUUAAUAAAGUUUUCCGCAAUGGAAUUCCAUAUUUAAAUCAUGAAGAAGAAAGACAGUUAAGAGAGCAGUAUGAUGAAAAACGUCUGCAGUCCAAUGGUGCAGGAGCUCUGUCUUAUGUAUCUCCAAACACUUCAAAAUGUCCUGUGACAAUUCCUGAGGACCAGAAGAAGUUUAUUGACCAAGUGGUAGAGAAAAUAGAAGAUUUACUACAAAGUGAAGAAAACACGAACUUGGAUUUAGAGCCAUGCACUGGGUUCCAAAGAAAACUAAUCUAUCAGACUUUGAGCUGGAAGUAUCCCAAAGGCAUUCAUGUUGACACUUUAGAAACUGAAAAGAAGGAGCGCUACAUCGUCAUCAGCAAAGUAGAUGAAGAAGAGCGUAAGAGGAGGGAGCAGCAGAAACUCGCUAAGGAACAGGAAGAACUGAAUGAUGCCGUGGGAUUUUCUCGAGUCAUUCAUGCCAUUGCCAAUUCGGGAAAACUCGUUAUUGGACACAAUAUGCUCUUGGAUGUCAUGCACACAGUUCAUCAGUUUUACUGCCCACUGCCUGCGGACUUAAAUGAGUUCAAGGAGAUGACAACAUGUGUUUUCCCCAGACUCUUGGAUACAAAAUUGAUGGCCAGCACACAACCUUUUAAGGAUAUCAUCAACAACACAUCCCUUGCAGAAUUGGAAAAGCGGUUAAAAGAGAUGCCUUUCAACCCUCCUAAAGUUGAAAGUGCAGAAGGAUUUCCAAGUUAUAACACAGCUACUGAACAGCUCCACGAGGCAGGCUAUGAUGCCUAUAUCACAGGGCUGUGCUUCAUCUCCAUGGCGAACUACCUAGGUUCUUUUCUUAGUCCUCCAAAAAUUCAUGUGUCGGCUAGAUCAAAACUCAUCGAACCUUUUUUUAACAAGUUAUUUCUUAUGAGAGUCAUGGAUAUCCCCUAUCUAAACUUGGAAGGACCAGACUUGCAACCAAAACGUGAUCAUGUUCUUCAUGUGACAUUCCCCAAAGAAUGGAAAACCAGUGACCUUUACCAGCUUUUCAGUGCCUUUGGUAACAUUCAGAUAUCCUGGAUUGAUGAUACAUCAGCAUUUGUUUCUCUCAGCCAGCCGGAACAAGUACAGAUUGCUGUCAAUACCAGCAAAUAUGCAGAAAGCUAUCGGAUCCAGACCUAUGCCCAAUAUGUGGGGAAAAAACGUGAGGAGAAGCAGAUCAAGAGAAAGUGGACAGAAGAUACUUGGCAGGAGGUUGAGAGAAAACGGUUAAACACUCAGUGCAUAUCCUAUGCUCUGCAGAAUCACUACUACCACACCAACAGUCUUACAGCGACCAGCACAGUAGGAAAGAGAAACCUGAGUCCCAGCCCAGCCGAGGCGGACUUGGAGGCCAGAAUAUCAGGGGAGAUUUCGGACACCGAGCUUGAGCAGACUGAGUCCUGUGCAGAAUCCCUCUCUGAGGGAAAGAAGAAGGCCAAGAAAUUAAAAAGAAUGAAGAAGGACCUUUCACCAGCAGGAGCCAUCCCGGACAGCCCUGCCAAGCUCUUCGAAGUUCCCGACACGUGGUAACCCGGGCCUGAGGGAAACACAUCACUGGUGCUGUGGCUGCAGAGGAACCAGCCAGCACAUUCGGAAGCCAUACUGUAUUUAAUUUAAUAAAAUGUGGUAUGGGAGGGGUUUGAAACCAAGUAUGUGUCCUGGAAAAAAAACAAAACACAACAGUUUUUAUUUU